AUCCCACCCAAUGAUCCUACAAAAAAGCAGUUUCAGUGCAUCCCCUUUACCCGGGCAGCUCCUGCGUGCAACGGUGGCUAUGCUAUUCGCAACCAGAUCAAUGCACUCACAUCCUUUGUUGAUGCCAGUAUGGUAUAUGCCAGUGAAGACGUGUGGGCAAGGCAGCUACGGAAUUUGACAAGCAACCUAGGACUGCUGUCUGUGAAUAACAGGUUCAAAGAUCGAGGCCUUGACCUUCUCCCCUUUGGCACUCCCCAAGGCUUUCCGGAAAAUUGCAAUAUAACAAAUAGAACCGCCGGAAUCCCCUGUUUUUUGGCAGAAAAUCACCUAUACAGAAUAUAUACCUGCCCUGCUCGGGGAGUCUAGUGCUCUGCCUCGUUACAGGGGCUACAAUGACUCUGUGGAUCCCCGAAUUUCCAGCUCCUUUACCAAUGCUUUCCGUUUUGGGCAUACUUUGGUGCGGCCCACUGUGCCUCGCUUAGACAACCGUUACCAGGUUCUGAGUCAAACACCCUUAGAAACUGAGUUCUUUGCAACAUGGAGAGUUAUCUUUCAAGGAGGCAUUGAUCCUAUUCUACGAGGCCAAAUGGGUACACCAUCCAAACAGCUGAGACAAGAUCAGCUAGUAGUAGAGGGUCUCCGAGACCAACUCUUCCAACAAGUUGCAAGAUUUGGGCUGGAUUUGCCAGCAUUGAACAUGCAGCGUGGCCGAGAUCACGGUCUAGCAGCUUACAAUGCCUGGAGACAAUUAUGUGGCCUCUCUCAACCUCGCAAUGAAAUUGAGCUGGGCCGGGUCCUCCAGAAUUCUCAGCUGGCCAAGAAGUUCAUUCAAGUUUAUAAGACGCCCAGGAACAUUGAUCUCUGGAUUGGAGGAGUAGCUGAGCCCUUUAUCCGAAAUGCCAGAGUUGGGCCCCUACUGGCAUGCAUCUUUCGGAAACAGUUCCAAAAUCUUCGUGAUGGGGACAGGUUCUGGUGGGAGAACCCUGGUGUGUUCACCCCAGCCCAGCGACAGGCUCUUAGCCAGGCCUCAUUGCCACGCAUCAUCUGUGACAAUACCCACAUCCGUGAGGUACCUCGGUUCAUUUUCCGAGCCAACCAGUAUCCACGUAAUUUUGUCAACUGCAGCACCAUCCCAAGGGUCAGCCUCUUUCCAUGGAAAAAAGGUUCCUAAAUAGAUCGGUGAAGAAGAACAUCCCAGCAAGUUCUGCCAGUAACCUGGAAUUUCUGUUUUUGAGAAAGCGUUCUUUAACCUGCUUUAGCUGUUUCCCCUCGCAGCCAUUGCUUAUGUUUAAUCUUCUGGAGCAACAAGAAAGGAAUGCCAAAUUAUAAUAUCCACUCUGCAAUGUUCAAGAUGUCCCCUUUUACAACUCAUUAAAGGCAAUUAAAUUAUAAAA